GACAGUCACUUCUGUCACAGAAUCUCAUAGACGUUUCCAGCACAGUAGGAGGCCACUCAACCGAUCGUGUCUGUGCCGACUAGCCCCAUUUCCCAGUCCUACCUCCAAGACCCUCUCUAUUCCUCCAGCUGUCUUGUGAAAUCCCCUGCCCGUCUUCCCCGGUAUGUUGCUUCAGAAUCCUAACAGCCCUCUCAACUAAAGACGUUCCUCUGCCAUCUCAGCUCCCCGGGCCCUCUUGCUGACAAGUUUAGAAGUUGCGUCCUGGGCUGAGGAGGGAUUUCUCGGGACGUUGCCGGACGCAGAGGGUUCGAGUUGGAAGCCCUCACCGCACAGCCAUGGACAAAGCUAUUCUCUCCCUCACCGUGGCCGCCGGGUUGUCUUGUGUUUAUGGAUUUAAUCUGGAGACCGAGGGCCCCGUUGUCUUCUCUCGCGAAGAGGAAACUCAGUUUGGUGUCAACCUGGCUCAGUUCAGUGCCAACCACCAGAAAUGGACAUUGGUCGCUGCCCCUCUCCAGAAGGAUUCCCAACAAAACAAAACUGGGGCCAUCUACAAAUGUCUGUACAAUGAUGGACAAUGCACCCAGCUUAACACUCCAGUCUCAGUUGGAUCCGAAAACCUGGGUCUAUCCCUGACAACAGGCAAUAGGAAUGGACCAAAGUUUCUUGCCUGUGUACCUCGAUACUCCUAUCACUGUUACACAAACACCUACAUUAAUGGUUACUGCCAGAUGUUCGACUCUUUUGGAUCCAUUCUGGAGAGAAUCCCAUCCCAGCUUCCAGUGUGUCCCAAGGUGUUGAUCGAUGUCGCCUUCGCCUUCCUGAUCGAUGGCUCUGGCAGUGUGGUCUACAAAGAUUUCACUCAGAUGAAAACUUUUAUCAAAGCGAUCAUGAGAAGGUUCCAGAGCCAGGAGACUCAGAUGGCGCUAGCUCAAUUCAGCUCAUCAACAAGGACAGAGUUCACGUUUAAUGAUUACAACCACGCUUUGAACAAAGAGCAACUGGUCGACAAAAUCAGACAAAUCGGAUCAGGGACAAAAACGCCAGGCGGGAUCAUGUUCGUUGCGAACCGGGUAUUCACCCACAGUGCGGGUGCUCGGAAUGGUGUCAAGCGCAUUCUAAUUACCAUCACUGAUGGUUUAUCUCAGGACAAGCACUUUGCUGACGCUAUUCUGGCAGCAGAUAUGAAGAAGAUCGAGCGAUAUGCCAUCGGGGUUGGCGGGGCUUUCACUGACCCUUCUGCUUUGUUUGAGCUGAAAACCAUUGCCUCAAAAGACACGAACGUCUUCAAAGUGGAUAACUUUGAUGCGCUGGACAGCAUCCAGAAAGAGCUACAGGAGAAAAUCUUCGCCAUUGAAGGUUCAGCCAGCCCUGGCACGUCUGCCUCAUUCCAGUUGGAGAUGGCACAGGAAGGAUUCAGCUCUCUCAUCACAGAUAGCUCGGUGGUGCUCGGAGCGGUCGGGGCCUACGACUGGUCAGGGGCGCUAGUCAAAUUCAGCGGCUCGUCCCGCACCUUAAUCAAUGAGACCGCACCCAGUGCCGAGACGAGGAACGCCUACCUGG